AUGGUGUGUUUGUCUGCAGUUCCUUCUGUCGUUUUAGCAGCAGAUCCUCCUGCUGCUGCAGCAGAGGAGCAGCAAGAAGCAGCAUCACCAGAGGAGCAGCAAGGAGGAGGAGUAACAGGAACAGAAAUAGCUGCAGAUGAGGAUAAGACUGCAUUAGGUAUAAUAAAUAAAUUAAAAGAUUAUCCUUUAUUAGGGGAAAAAGGAGCAAAUUUGCUGCAAUUAGCGGAGGAAGGAUUGGGCAUAAAAGCCUCACAAAUUGAAUUAAAUAAGAUUGUACCUAUGCUUGUUGAGCUACAAAAAAAUGUACAUGAACAUUAUAGGUUUGAUGGUUAA